AUGCGGACGGUGCACGUAAAGGCCACCCGCCGUUCAGUGCUGAUUCUUGUUGUUGUCGGCUUCGUAAUCGUCGCCAUUGCUGUGAUCCUUGUCGAGAGAUGGAGAUCUUCCAAGCCCAAGUUCAACCUUGAGGAGGCCCUCAAGCGGCCAGACAUACAAUUAAACGAAACAGCAUGGGGCUACUCGUUUCCAGUUUUUCCUCGAACCUCCAUGAUUGCGGACGAGUACAAGCAGCCGAGCUUCGAUAGCGCUAGAAUUUUAAACACGCCUCUGGGAAUCAAAGACUCGGGAGACUGGAGCCAGGAUGGGCAGUCGCUAUUUAUUGACCAGCUUCUUGGCGGAAAAGAAGAUGGAUUCUAUGUUGAGAUCGGGGCAGAUGAUGGAGAACAUUAUUCGAAUUCACUGUUCUUCGAAGUUUUUCGGCACUGGAAAGGAAUUUUGUUUCGGGAUGAAACACGAAUCACUAUAGAGCCCAAUCAAGAAUCCUUCGCCCAACUUCUCCAACUCAACCGAAAAGCCCUCGCUCUGAAUAGCUGUGUCUCCCCGACCACGUUGUCCGAAAGCUUCACGUUCGUGUCGAACCCCUUUGAAAAUCACAACGCUGGCUUUCUCGGUGGUAUUUCCGAGUUUCUGGAAUUAACAAAGGAUGGCGUACUCCAAGCAAACGAUUUAUACAGUCCCGUUGUGAAUACGAAAAGAUGCACGCCGCUUAUUGACCUACUGCCCUCAAAUGUAGAUACGAUAGAUUACUUAUCCCUCGACACAGAAGGUUCUGAACUCGCGAUCUUGAAAACGAUCCCAUUUGGAAAACUGAAAAUCAACGUCAUUUCUGUUGACGUUUCCUCAAUCACGGGAGAGCGAAGAGACGAAGGACUCUACGAUUUUCUCUGGAAACAUGGCUACAGAAAAGCCGCAUCGCUGACGCACGACGACAUCUUUUACUUGUCGAGUUGGUAG